UGUCUGGCUGCUGCGGAUCCCUGGUGAUUUAACUAACAGCGGAUUCUCAUGAGUGUUGGUUUCACCUGAGGAUCAGAUGAACAUGCAAAGUACACACAGUUUGUUAGGGUACCACACAGGAUAUGAUGAACACCUCGUCCUGUGGUUGUCUCCUCCUUUUGCCAUCAAAGUUAACAGGUCACAGGGCAGCAGUUCAGGGACACAGCUGCUGUGCUGUGACUGACCUUUUGCACUGUGACUGGUUUGCGUUUAAAAGACUAUCGUGGAGGAAGUCAUCAGUGUUUUGAGAUGUCUUUUUGUUAGACCGAGCGCGCAGAGGGAAAGAUGAAAGCCAAGGCUUUGUCAGUGAAGGAGUGCGUCUGGAUGUCAGAGGAGUGCCACCUAGUGGAGAUACCUCAUGAAGCUACGCAGAGGGACAGCCUUUGUUUACCAAAUAUCUUCCAAAAGUCCAAAAAGGUGAAGCCUCUCACCAAGACUCAGACUAGUACUAAUUGCCAGGUUUACUACACAGCUAGAGAACUUCUCCUGGAGGUGUUGGACAGGGAAGCAAUCUGGGAGCUGGUCAGGAGAGCUUCUGGUGUGAAGGCAGGCGCAAACCGUCAGUCACACUGCCAGAGCAGGGAGCACAGCAUAGAUCUGUCUGAGGAGGAGUAUGCUGAGGCAGUAACGUGGUUUUCUAUAGUCCUGCAAAGCAGCCUAUCUGUGGGACAGAACUGCAGCUUUGGCCCCGAGCUAAAUGUAAAACUAGAUGGAUGGCAGGGGGUGCUGAAGAGAAACAGCAUCCAGGCCAAGCUCCUGUCUCUGACCAGACUGGAGGAUGGAGACAAGCUGGAAGUCCUCUCUGCUUUCUGUGGCCACAUAACCCGGCGCUACCAGGCCCUACACACACCAGGGUCCAACCUAGCUGUGAAGAAAUACAGACUGUCCUCGCAGCAGGACCACUGCUCUCUUCAUCUUGCCCUCCUCUGUGACCUGAGCUCGGGGUUCAUCUGUAACAUGUAUCUUUACUGUCCAGAGCAGCUCCAGAGGCAGAGUAAGAAAUCUGUGGUCGAGCAGGUGGUCAAGCACCUGCUGAGACCUUUCUGCAGCCACAGGCGCGUGGUUCAGCUGGACAGGUCUGCCUGGAUGGAGGGAAGACUCACAGACAUCUUGUCUGGAUUAGGGUUGACUGUUCAUUUUGUUCCCGCUGUUAAGAGUUCACCAUCUGAGGAGUCUAUGUCUGAACUUGUUGCCCACCUGCAGGGUUGGACCGGACCUGCCCUCGUUCCUCUGUCAGACCCGAAAGGAACAGUGGUGGAUGUCUUUCUGCCAGGCCUCUGGGUGACCCUACACGUGAUCUGCAUCAACACAUUUGUGCUCCACACUCUGCAGAGCCAGAGUUCAGGAAGGAAGAUCACCCUGACACAGUUCACCAGGACUCUGGCCACUCAGCUGGCCGUGGACGGCAGCAUCCCUGUGCCCGUUCUGCCACGACUGAACAGCAGCUCAUGCCAAGAGACAAGUGUUACAAAUAUGUCAAAGCAAAGGACAAACCCCAACAGCUGUGGUCAGGUGAUGGAGAAAGAUAAACACAGGUGCAGCUCUGCAGCGAGGCUGCAGGACGGCUGGAACAGACCAGGAGUGUGUGGAUUAGACAAUUUUGGCAACUCUUGCUACUUAAAUGCUGUGUUACAGUGUCUGUGUUCCACUGUGCCCCUCGUGGAGCACCUCCUGAAUCAGGACACACGCAAAGAGCUGGCAAAGUCCAAGUGCCGGGUUGCUGAGGUGUUUGUCCGCCUACUAGAGGAGAUGUGGCUGGGAAGAAGCUCCAGCUGUGCCCCCGUGGAGGCCAGGUCCAUGCUGUGCUCCAUGCUCCCCCAGUUCAACAACUACUCCCAGCAGGAUGCGCAGGAGCUGCUGAUCUUUCUCCUCAACGCACUCAAUGACGACCUCAAAAAGGUUGCAAAGCACCAGACGCACUCUUCGGUGCAACAGCCGAGACAAGAACAGAACAGGAAAUGUGCCAUUGAAAGCACCAUUGUCUCGUGUCUGUUUGAGGGCCAGCUGAGAUACAUAACCCUCUGCAUGCACUGCGAUCACCAGGCGUACAGCACACAAGCCUUCACUGUACUGUCACUACCGAUUCCUGCUGGCAUCCUUAAGUGCUCCAUUCAGGAUUGUCUGUCACUGUUCUUUGAGCAGACUUUCCUGACUGGGGGAGAGCAGUUGCUGUGCUCAGUGUGCGGGAUGAGGACAGAAACGACAGUCCUCACUUGUUUGGACAAACCUCCAGAGAUCCUCAUGUUACACCUAAAACGGUUUGGCUGCAAGGGGAAGAAGCAGGUGAAACUGAGGACUAAUGUUGCGUUCUCCAUGAAGCUCGAUUUGACCCCAUUUCUAUCGAGCUCAGUGCAGAACGCCUCGUAUUCUUCAUACCACCUAUAUGCUGUUGUGAACCACACAGGUCAUCUGAACAUGGGUCACUAUACAGCCCUGUGCCACCAUGCCUCAGCCCAGACCUGGCACUGCUUUGAUGACUCGUUUGUCAGAGAGCUACAGGACAGCCAGGUGCAAUCUCCCAACGCCUACAUGCUGCUCUACAGCCGCAAGCCUUUCCAAAAGCCAACGAUCCAUGGAGUGUGAGCUUUGCAAAUAACAGUCCAAAUCUGCUGCUUAAAUUUGCUUCUGAUCACAUGCAUUUGGUUCAACGUUUCUGGUGCUUGUUGUACUGUUGGCUUCUCCAUAACUAUUAGAAAUAAAUUACAAUC